GGCGCCAAUUCAAAAGUUUAAUUUUCUCCAAUAUCUCAUUAAUUUUAAAUAAAUAUGGCUUCGGCUUGUUGUUCUGAUAACGAGCCUGCAUUUACUGAAGAAUAUCUAAAAAAUAUAGUUCCAUAUUAUACAAAAUUGAUGCCUUUACCUAAGUUAUAUGAAUGGUUUGGCUAUGGUAAUCCCGAAAUUUUUGCCAAACGAGAAAUUUCCUUCACCCUCAGCAACGAUGUUUACAUCCGUUAUCAAUCCUUUGACUCCUUCGAGGAAUUCUUCAAUGAAAUCAAAAAAAAAGCCCCAGUCAAAAUCGAUAUCGGUGCCAUAUACAAAACCAAACCGAAAAUCAAAGCUUUAGGAUUCGAAUUAACUGCAACAAGAAAAGACUUGGUAUUCGACAUCGAUAUUUCAGAUUACGACGAUGUCCGAACCUGCUGUAACGGGGCUGGAAUUUGCAACAAAUGCUGGAAAUUCAUGGCAAUCGCCACCAAAAUUAUUUCUGCUGUUUUGAAAGAAGAUUUCAACUACGAGCACAUUUUAUGGGUAUUUUCGGGAAGGCGAGGUAUACAUUGCUGGGUUGCUGACAGACACGCAAGAGAAUUAACCAAUGAAGUAAGAUCAGCCAUGACUGAGUAUUUCAAUUUACUUAAGGACGGCAAUAAAACCAAGAAAGUUGUUUUAACGGGACGUAUACAUAAAAAAAUUUAUGAGCGUGCAAUAAAAAUAAUUGAUGAAUAUUUUAUGGACAUUCUUGAAGAACAAGACUUACUUGGUACUGAUUUGAGGCUUAGGAAGUUUUUAGAUAUGAUUGAUAAGGGUGUUAGAAAGCAAUUUCAAAAAAGCAUGACAGCUGUAAAAUGCUCUGUUGAAAGAUGGGAAGCAUUUGAACAGACUUUUACGGAGUUGCAAGAGUCAGAUGAUUUAAAAACCCUUAAAGAAGAAAUUAAGCUGCAAUACACUUAUCCUCGAUUAGAUGUGCACGUAACGAGAAGCCUUGACCAUUUACUGAAAACUCCGUUUUGUGUUCAUCCUAAAACUGAAAAAAUUUGUAUUCCUUUCGAAGCUGAAAAAGUGGAUGAUUUUGAUUUAGAGAAAGUUCCCACUCUUAGUAAAGUCAUUGAAGAAUUGAAAACUUAUGAUGAACGAGAGGAUACUUUACCUCUAGGGCUUAAUGAUUACCAAAAAACAAGUCUGACACAGCACAUUGAAUUACUUGAGAGGUUUGUUAACAAUUUGGAAAAAGAUGAUAAAAUGAAGUAUUGAUAUUUUUCCUGAUUUUUCAGUAGGUACCUAUUUUGUUAUUUUGUUAUCAGCUAUCUAAAUGAGAGUUUUGGGUUUUUGUUCCUUUAUUUUAUAGUACAAAUUAGAAUAUUAUUGUAAUGUUUAUUAUUUCAUAAUAAUGGUUAAUGUGAGAAUAAUUUAAGGAUUUAUUUGAAAUUAAAAAAAUGCAGUAUAAUUCUUACUAAGUCUUUUAAUAAAAUAAUACCUCUUGCAUUCCUAUUAGGCUAUUUUUAUCACAUACAAUUAUUAAUUUCCUUAUAGGAGGUUAAUUGAAUAAUUUUAAUACAAAUAAUGAAAACAGGAAAAAAAAAAUAGUCAGUCAAAAAAUAUGAUCCUAAUUCUAAGAUAUUAUAGGUAACUAUGAAAACUCUUAACUAUAAUAAUUAUUUACUUAAGCACAUUUAAAAAUAGAAGCUUUUUCCAAAAACUGUUGACGUCGCAAGGCUUUUUCUUCUUCCAUUUGUUUUCUUUCAUCUUGUUCUUGCCGGAUCUCUUCUUCAAAUUUGCUCUUCUUGCUCAAUUCAACAAACCUUUGCUUCGAAAAAAUCUUUAGCUCCAUUCACUCCAACUUUGUCUACAUCAAUUUCAGCUAAACGGGCCAAUUGUCCCAAUCCAGAAUCUUCGUCCAAUUCGCCGGCUCUAGCUUUGCGAAACACUAACAUAAAUUCAUGAAAGGAAAGACGACCAUCGUUAUCUUCAUCAACCUAUAGAAAAAAAGUUUUAAAUAAUUUACUUUAUAGUUUUCUAUUAAUUAUAUAAAUACCUCUUUGAUCAUUUGCUUUAAGCCGAUGUGAGUUUGCGGAGCUCCAAGAACUUCCAUCAUACGCUUGAGUUCGUCCAAGCUGAGAUAUCCAUCUUUAUUUGUAUUGAAUCUUAAAAAAAAAAAUCAAGUUUUCAGUUGUGCAAAGUGACAUUGAAACUUGAGUUAUGAAUUUUCAGUCCCAGCUGUCUUUUAUUGACUGGAAUAGGAAUUAAUGUUGCUGCGAGGAUAGAAAAAAGUCCAUAAAUUAUUUAACAAGAAUAUAAACAAUUUAUUUCCAAAACACAAAAAUGAAAUGUUCCAAUCCAAUCACCAAAGAAAAAAAGUUACACACAUAUUUUCACUAAGUAUACAAUAAAUAAGUUAAUUAAAAAAAAAAAUACACAUCACAGUACAAUUAAAUGCGAUAUCACUCUCUAAAAGAGCUACCCAAUUAACACCAACUUCUAAUUAUUGGUGGAUAUGCUUUAAGUUUUCUAAUGCCUAACAAUAAAUUAGUGUCAUGGAUAAUCCAUUUUAUUUUUAGUACCUAGCACAGCUAAAAUAAACAAUCAGCACAAAUUUCACUAACAAAGUCCAUACAACAAACCUAUACCCAUCAAUCGAAUAUUAGCUUAUUAUUUGCCUAAAAUCGUCCAACUUAUAAAUACUAGUAGAUAAUCUCCCAAUUGCAUUCAGCAAAGACACAAUCUCAUUUCUUUGCAAAUGCAUCUCGUUUUUAUUAACCAAAUUCCCUGCAGUAUCAUAAUCAAAUUGACCACUAAACAAAAUUUUCAAAGCCGUGCCCAAGCCUUGCGUCUGCAAUUUGCCCCAGAGUCUACAUUUGUCGCAACCCACGCAAUCCAUGAUUCUUGUGAUGUUGCGGAAAUGUCGUCGGAAUUCUUCUUUGAGUUUUUCCGCUUCUUUGGUGCCCUUGAACAUUGUGGUUUCGUUGAAGUGGUGCGGGAAUUUUUUGAUUACCGACAGGAGGUCUUUGAUUGCCAUUUUGGUGUCGUAAUCUUCAGAAUCAUUACCUGAAAAUUAAUGAGGAUUUCAGUUGUUUUAGAUAAGAAUUUUUAAAACUAACGUAUUAAGUCU